CACACACACACACACACACACACACACACACACUUUCCUCCUAUUCUCCUUUCCCUCCUCUGCCCCACCGCCGCUUCCUCACAGCUUCUCAGCUGCCUUUUGAAGUCAACCCCCCUGCAGCCGCGCUGUGAUUCCGUCCUAGCCCUAGUGGGGCGGCGUGAAAGACCAGUGGCACCCGAAACCAGGAAGGACGCUCAGCAGCAGCAUCUCACCUAGCGCAAAGCAUCUUCAGCCCAGCCUCGUCAGUAUCUCUAGCAAGACUCUCCAAUAGGCAGCAGGAUGUGGAACAAGACACUGAGCCUGGAAAGCGAGUCCAACUUCAGCCUGGACUACACGGAUGAACCUUUCAACAGCUCCUGGGUGGACCAGCUGCCCCCCUUCCCUGGAGCCCUGCUCACCGGGGUUACAGUCACCUGCAUCGCUCUCUUUUUCAUCGGCAUCUCGGGCAACCUCAUGACCAUGCUGGUGGUGUCUCGAUUCCGAGACAUGCGGACCACCACAAACCUCUACCUGUCUAGCAUGGCGCUGUCCGACUUGCUGAUCUUCCUCUGCAUGCCCCUGGAUCUCUUUCGCCUCUGGCAGUACCGGCCCUGGAACUUCGGGGACUUUCUCUGCAAACUCUUCCAGUUCAUCAGUGAGAGCUGCACCUAUUCUACCAUCCUCAACAUCACUGCGCUCAGCAUCGAGAGGUACUUUGCCAUAUGCUUCCCCCUCAGGGCCAAGGUCGUGAUCACGAAGGGCAAGGUGAAGCUUAUCAUCUUGGUCAUCUGGGCCGUGUCCUUCUUCAGCGCUGGCCCCAUCUUUGUCCUGGUAGGAGUGGAGCACGAAAAUGGAACCAACCCCAUGGACACCAACGAAUGCAGGCCCACUGAGUUUGCCAUCCAAUCGGGACUGCUCACCAUCAUGGUCUGGAUCUCCAGCAUCUUCUUUUUUCUGCCGGUGUUUUGCCUGACUGUGCUUUACAGCCUCAUUGGAAGAAAACUGUGGAGAAGGAAGAGGGAGGACAUGGGACUGAGUGCUUCUAUCCGUGAUAACAACCACAAACAAACUGUAAAAAUGUUAGCCGUGGUGGUGUUUGCUUUCGUCCUCUGUUGGCUGCCAUUUCAUGUGGGACGCUACUUAUUCUCCAAAUCCUUCGAGCCUGGCUCUUUGGAGAUUGCGGUGAUUAGCCAGUAUUGCAACCUGUUCUCCUUUGUCCUCUUCUAUCUCAGUGCAGCCAUCAACCCCAUCCUUUACAACAUCAUGUCCAAGAAAUACCGCAUGGCUGUCCUCAGGCUCUGGGGCCUUGGCCAGUUCUCCCAGAGGAAGUUGUCCACUAUGAAAGAUGACAGUUCUCGGGCAUGGACAGAAUUGAGUAUCAACACAUGAGCAAAAUAAAUUCCUAAGUAAACAGUCAUGAUUCUGAUUUGAAAGCCAUAAUGCAGUAGACCUUGGUAAGAUGUUCAAAGAUAGGUUUGGAAAUAGGUAGGGAGUCACCCUAAGAAGAGUUAUCCUUUUGCCAUCUGGGAUUCAUGGGGUUGGGGGAAAGACUAGGAAAAAAGGCGAGGCUUUUGUUGUAUGAAGAAUUUGGCUUGAUUGAACCACUCAUCAGAGGGCUCUUUUCUAACAUUCCUGUUGUGUUCACUACCUGUGACUGUCUAUUCACACACUGGUGCUGAACCAGGGAAAGGAGAAGGGAGCCUUGAAAUAUGUUGGAGCAGAGAAAGGCUUUCAUGCUACUUUGUUUUGGGUGGCUAAAUAUGAAAUUAGAUGUGCUUUUUUACAAUGAUGAAGAAUAUUCAGUGAAAAGGAACGUUAGUGAUAAAUAUAAAUACAGAAGGUAUUCAAAACCAAUCAUCUCCAUGUAGUCCUGAAUAUAUGGAAAACAAUUUUACCUUGGUUGAAAUGCCUUAUAAUUAACAUUUUAUGGAGCCAUCUUUCAUUACAUAGCCAGCAUACUGUGAUCUUAUAGUUAGUGAAGAAUUCUGAGAAUCAUCUCCUCAGUGUCAUUUUUUUAGAUAACUUUUUUAAACUUGGGAGAAGAGACACUAUGAGCAUUUAAGAUAUUUUAUUGUUUUCAUGGUAUUUAAUUAUCUGCUCCAAUACUCAAUCAAUGAAACUGGAAAGCAUUUUCAAAUGCUUUAUUCAGGGGCAGCUAGGUGGCGCAGUGGAUAGAGCAC